UUAGCGCCAGUGUCUCUGAGCGGUUUUCUUGAUUUUGUGUUAGAUUUAAAAUUUCUGUCAAACAAAAUAAUAUUGAUUUAGUUUCGUAUUUAUAUUUGGUUCAGUGAAUUCAGUUACUGUGUGUUUGAAUUCGAAAAGGAGUUGGUAAUUCCGAACUUUCUCUUCAUGUAGCCCAACUAGUGACAAUUUAAGUGCGAAGUGGUUUUUCUACAGAAUUAUGAGUGAAAAAAGAAAAAGUAAAUACAGGGCAGGACCCGCGUCUUCGAAGUUGAGACUAAAACUCCAAAAUUCGUCCAUAACUGAUGAAGACACAAGCAACAAUGGCAACACUACACCAGUUCGACGAUUGGAUAAACGUAGUGGUCAUAGCACUCCGAUUAGAAAUACCAGCGUUACAAAUAAUAUGGAGGAUUCACCGGAAAUAGAUUACCGGUGCAGUCCAAUAAUGGGACCUUGUAGUCAGCAGCCUGAAGUAGUUUGGAAUUGGCAUAGUCCUAAAGGGGAUAAUUCGACGGGCGCCAAUAGGACACCAAAGCGAACAGCAAAUUUGCAAAAACGACGAAUUUCCGAUUCUCCAUUGAUGUACGCUCCUUGGAAAGUCAAGCUCAAAAAGGAGGAGAGAGAUGUAAAUGUCUUCAUAGCAAACUUUGAACAAUUUAACAAUCCUCCAGUUUUGCCGAAACCGGAAAAAGAGCCGGAGCCGUCGACCAGUGAUAAAUGGCCCUCUGAAUCGGAAAAUUUGAAUAAUUCCGAAAAGGUGCUAGAAUCUUCCGAAGAUACGGAGAUGCGGCUCGUCUAUCAAGUGGAUGAAACACGAAUGGAUACUGUUUCUGAGAAACGAAACAUUACAAAUCUAAACGAUUUGUUUGAUGACGAAAUCGACGAUUCGAUGGUCCGUUUUAGUCAGCAGGUUGAGGAGGAAUUUUUUGGACGUCUCAAAGAGGAGAAAACUGAAAGUUCGGCAAUUUUGUUCAGCGGCAAAGAGAAUGAGUCGACCUCCAAUGACAAUCCGAGUAUCCGGACAAUCGAGGGUCUGCACAAUUUGAUGAAAGUGCCAUUUGAGAAGGAAAAAGAGCCUCCAAAGUCAUUGUCAGUUCCGAAAAGCACAUACAUUCCGGACGAUUCUUUUGACGAGUGUUUGUCACAAUUCGAGGAAGUUGAUUUCAGUUCCGAAUUGAAGAAUGACGGUGGUCCUCGCAGCAAACUCAAGGGUUUGCAAAUACGAAACACCGAUCUCUUAUCGAAAAAGUCUCUCUUUUCCUGCAACAGCAAUAAUACGAGCGUCAAAAUUGGAUCCGGGAGAUCGCGCUCGUUUUUGGAUUCGCCAAAACUCGCCUCGAUCAGUGAACGAUCCCUGGUGAAAACGAAAAGCUUCGAGCAUCAUAGUAGAAAUGGGGUGAAAAAUCUCACCAAGGACUUUGUCCAGAAACACGAUAUCAAGCCGGAGAGUCACAUAUCACCCAGGAAAUUUUUCAAGACAAAGUCCCUCUCGGAGCCGUUUCGCAACGAACCGAUCAACUCGAGUGCCUCGAUUAAUAAUAAAGAAACUAACAAUAAUUCGGGCGCCGAGAGUAAACGGAAUUUAGUUGGUAAGUCAUUCCAGUGCAAAAUCUAUUCCGAUACAACUUUAAAUAGGAGCGUGGGAAAUUUGAGCAUGGGAAAUAGGAGCGUGGGAAAUUUGAGCAGCAAGGCCCUUGGAUCGUCCCAGGAGAGCAUGAUAAUGGGAAAUAAUUUUGAUAAUCUCCAGCUAUCUAAUCUUAACAGAUCCGUUCGAAUUCAAGACGAAAGGACAGCUGAGUCGCAGACUGUUCUUUGCACACCACAAGAAAUCGAGAGGAAGAGGCGGGAGGCGAAGAUGAAGCUGGAGGCAAGGAGGAUGCAGGCUUUAAAGAUGCGGAAUCCCGCUAGCAGUUUGCCAAUCAAACAGUCGGUCAAGAGAUGAAAAAAGGGAGUGGAUGAAGUUGAAAAAGUGCUUGAAUUUUAAUCAGAGACGGUUUCUGGUGCGUGGAAUACGUGAGUGAUGAAAAAUUAGUGAUGAAUUUCAUUUAUUCUGUUUUAUUUGUUCAGUUGCAUUGAACUUGUUUCGAAUAGUUGAAUGCAAGAGUGACGAGGCUUCACGUACUACAUAUUUCGUAUUGUUUUUUUUUUCUCUUUAAAGUCUAAUUAAAGGCUUGUCAAGGGAUUAGUCUGAAGUUUAUUUUUUAUGACAUGCUACGUGAAUUCUGUGUCAUUGAAAAAUCUUCGGUAAUCGGUUGUUGAAAUACGAAUUAUGUUUUUCAGAAUCCACUAAAAGUAGCAAAGUAGGAAAGUAUGAAAGAUUUGUUGAUUAUUUUGUACAGUCGCGGCUGUAUGAAAUAUUAUUUUCGGGAUUUGAUUUGUAGUUGUGGAGAAUUGUAUUAAAAUCGCUGAGAAGACUCGGUGAAUAUUUAUCCAUUGUCAAAUCGAAAAAUAAUGAGAAUAUUUUUAUAUAUAGAAAAUAUAAUAAAUGAGGCUGUGCCGACAUUAUAUUGAA